CGUGCUGGGAACCAGGUACCACAUCGUCGCUGCGUCAGUCUUGGGCGUGAAUCCAUGAGGCGUUCUUAGUAAGGUUUAGUGCGGCUACGGACCCCUGCGUUCCCAGGUUGCCUGUGUGGCUCGUGAACAUGCCACCUCUCCAAGACAGUUAGGCCGGACUCUGCGUAACAGACAGUCCCCAGUAAUAGCCGGUACCUGCACUGCACUCGCCCUGGGUCGCAACACCACGGACACAUAUCCCAAACCAGCAUAUCCAACCAGCAUGGCAGACCAGUUAUUAGAGCAAGCGCGCGACGCGUUCGAGGGCCAGAUUGACUUCGAGGGCCAGAGGCUUGCAGAGAUGCUGAGUACCGUUCUGCUCGGAGCGGCUGGUAUCAUUGCAUUCAUCGUUGGCUUCCUGCAGCAGGACAUUCGACUAGCACUCUACAUUGGCCUCGCCGGCUCCGCCCUCACAUUCCUCGUUGUCGUACCCCCGUGGCCGUUCUACAACAAGAACCCCGAAGACUGGCUCCCACCGUACAACUCAACGCCACAGUACAACAUCGACGUGGACGGGCAGAAAAUCGGAUAGCUGGCUGGUCGCAUGUAGCAAGAGAAGGAGGAAAUGCAUGCUCAGAACACAAUUCAUGAUCGUAAUGGAAUCUGAUUCGAUGAUGAUGACCGCCUAUGCUGCUACUUGGUGCUCUCAUAGCCCUUUUGUGAAGGCCCUACUAACGCCGGACGACCGAAUGAAACCAAGACCCAUGUUUGUUCCUGUUGAAACCCAUCUCUCUACAGCUUUCGCCAGCGCUUAUCGACCAUACUUCUGGAACUCCCAGUCUCGGUUGUCUAGCGGGCACACUUGGCGGGUCUUGAGCCAUCGUGAAAUGCAGUGGAAGUGGAAGGCGUG